UCUUAUUAGAUACUUAGUUUCAACACCUGUCUCUCAAUAACUUCAUUGAUCAUGGAAAAUGUGAGAGAGGAUGAGAUUGAGGCAAACAUGUCAAUGUCACCUCCAUCUGUUGGUUCCAUGCAGAUUGCAGGAAGCUUUGGUCAUAGCAUAGAAUUCAUGUCUCAGGCAUACCUUCACAAUAGGUAUUCAGAGAUUGACAUUCGAGUUGAGGAAUCCAGUUUCAACCAAGAUCCCCCUCUCCCUGUAUAUCUCAAGUUUGAAGAUGUAGAGUUCAAAGUGAGAAAUAGCCAAACAGCUUCCAAAAACCCUGUAAAGACAAUGAUGUCAAAGGUAGCAACACAACACCAUGUAGAAGAAAAUAACAAAUACAAGACAAUUUUAAAGGGUAUCACAGGAAGCAUUGGCCCCGGCGAAAUUCUUGCUUUGAUGGGUCCUUCUGGUAGUGGAAAGACGACCUUGUUAAGAGUUGUAGGAGGAAGAUUACUUGAUGAUGUAAAGGGAAAGAUAUCUUACAAUGAUGUUCCAUAUAGUCCUGCUCUUAAAAGAAGGAUUGGAUUUGUAACACAAGAGGAUGUGCUUUUCCCACAACUUACAGUUGAAGAAACAUUGAUCUUCUCUGCAUUCUUAAGGCUACCAACCAACAUGAGCAAGCAAGAAAAAUAUGCAAGAGUUGAGAAUACUAUCAGGGAUCUAGGCCUAGAAAGAUGUCGCCACACGAAAAUAGGUGGAGGAUAUCUCAAAGGCAUAUCAGGAGGAGAAAGGAAGAGAACCAGCAUAGGCUAUGAAAUUCUUGUUGAGCCUUCACUGCUACUACUUGAUGAGCCAACUUCAGGUCUUGAUUCCACCUCAGCAAACAAACUUCUUCUCACUCUUCAAGGACUAGCGAAGGCUGGAAGAACUAUAAUCACAACAAUUCACCAGCCAUCCAGCAGAAUCUUUAACAUGUUUGACAAACUUCUUCUGAUAUCAGAAGGCUCUCCUGUUUAUUAUGGGAAGGCUAGAGACACAGCAGAGUACUUUUCAUCCUUGAGGUUCGUCCCGGAAAUACCAAUGAAUCCAGCAGAAUUCUUGCUUGACUUGGCAACUGGACAAGUGAAUGAUAUAAGUAUUCCACAAGAUAUUUUGAAAGAUCAAGAAUCCACUGACCCUUCAGUUACGAUUAUUAAGUAUCUACAACUCAAGUAUAAGGACAUAUUGGAGCCAAAAGAAAAAGAAGAGAAUCAUAGGGGAGCAAACACACCAAAACAUCUUCAACUAGCCAUUCAGGUUAAAAAGGAAUGGACAGUGAGUUGGUUAGACCAAUUCACCAUUCUUUAUAAGAGAACAUAUAGAGCAAGAUUCAAGGAAUAUUUUGAUAUAUUGAGAUUGGUUCAAGCACUUGGAAUUGCACUUCUAUUAGGGCUACUUUGGUGGAAAUCUUCAACCAAUACAGAGGCUCAACUCCGAGAUCAGGUUGGUUUAAUGUUCUACAUUUGCAUAUUUUGGACAUCUUCAUGUAUUUUUGGAGCAGUCUAUGUAUUUCCGUUUGAAAAGGUAUACUUAAGAAAAGAAAGGAAAGCAGACAUGUAUAGACUUAGUGUAUACUAUGCAAGCAGCACUCUAUGUGACAUGGUGGCACAUGUUUUGUAUCCUACUGUUUUUAUGCUUAUUGUGUACUUCAUGGCUGGCUUUAAGAGCACCGCGGCUUGCUUCUUCCUUACCUUAUUCGCUGUUUUGCUAAUAGCAAUAACAAGUCAAGGGGCAGGAGAACUAUUUGGAGCUGCAGUUAUGAGCAUUCAAAGAGCAGGAAUGGUUGCUUCUUUGAUACUUAUGUUAUUCCUUCUUACAGGUGGCUACUAUGUCCAGCACAUACCAAAGUUCAUGCAAUGGUUGAAGUAUAUGUCAUUCAUGUACUAUGGAUUCAGGCUUCUUCUAAAAGUGCAAUAUUCAGGUGACCAACUAUAUGAAUGUGAAAGUGAUGGAGGGUGCAGAACACUUCAAAGUUCACCUUCAUUUGAUACUGUAAACUUGAAAGGAGGCCUAAGUGAAGUUUGGAUUCUGAUAGCCAUGGCUAUUUGCUUUCGGUUCUUAGCUUACUUUUGUCUACGCAGAAAGAUUGAUGUAUGAUAACUUGUUUAAGAUCUCUACUUCUGAUGUAAUAACUUGACAUUUAACAUUAGGAGUUAUGUUGAAGAAAACUUAACAUGCAAGGAAAAUAAAUACUGAAUCCAAGUUUUUCUAA